AUGGUUUUGGCGGAACUCGGCAAACGGAUCAACACUGCCCUCAAAACCCUCACAACUGCCACUGUCAUUGAUGAAGAAGCUCUCGAGGCAAUCCUUAAAGAAAUAUGUGGUGCUCUAUUGGAAUCUGAUGUCAAUGUUCGUCUCGUUCAGUCUCUUCGCAAAAACAUAAAAUCCAUUGUCAACCUUCAAGAGCUCUCAUCUGGCAUCAACAAGAAGCGUAUUAUCCAAAAAGCCAUUUUUGACGAACUGUGUAAACUAGUGGAUCCUGGUCAAGGUGUUGUGGCAUUUAAACCCCGAAAAGGAAAGCCUAAUGUCAUCAUGUUUGUUGGCUUGCAAGGUAGUGGAAAGACCACUACAUGUACAAAGAUGGCCUAUUACUAUCAGCGCAAGGGAUAUCGCACCUGUUUGGUGUGCACGGAUACGUUUCGUGCAGGUGCGUUUGAUCAACUCAAGCAAAAUGCUACCAAAGCCAAGAUUCCAUAUUAUGGAUCGUAUACAGAAAGCGAUCCCGUGCAGCUGGCUAUGGAGGGAGUAGAUAAGUUUAAAGUAGAGGGCUUUGAAGUCAUUAUUGUUGAUACCUCUGGACGACAUCGACAAGAAACCGAGCUAUUUCAGGAAAUGCAGCAGAUAUCCAACGUGAUCAAACCUGACAAUGUUGUGUUUGUAUUGGAUGGUACGAUUGGUCAAGCGGCAGAUGCACAUGCUAGAGCUUUCCAAGAAACUGUCGACAUUGGAUCUAUUGUCAUCACAAAAAUGGAUGGCCAUGCUAAAGGAGGUGGUGCGAUCUCGGCCGUGGCUGCAACGGGUAGUCCCAUUUUGUUUAUCGGAACAGGAGAGCAUAUCCAUGAUUUGGAAAUUUUCAAGUCUCAAUCGUUUGUUCGGAAAAUGCUAGGUAGCCAAUUGCUUGCCAUUGAUAUUGCAUCGAAAAAGAGCAUGGGAGAUAUUGACGGACUUAUGGAGACCGUACAGGACAUGAAAUUAGAAAAUACAGAUUUGAUGAAAAACAUUGAGCAGGGCAAAUUCACACUACGAUCGAUGAAACAGCAGUUUGAACUAGUUACAUCCAUGGGUCCUAUAUCAAAAUUGGCUAGUAUGAUUCCUGGCAUGCCACAGGAAAUGCUCGCGCAAAUGGACGGUCAAGACGGUCCUGGACUGAUAAAGCGAUUCAUGUGCAUUUUUGAUAGCAUGACCGAAACAGAGCUGGAUUCAGAUGGAAAAGUGUUCAAUGUCCACCCUACACGUAUUUAUCGUGUUGCAAAGGGAAGUGGUGUUACUGUACAAGAAAUUGAGACGCUAUUGGUGCAGUUCAAGCAGAUGGCAGGCAUGAUCAAGUCGAUUGGUGGAAGUAAAUCGAUGCUCAAUAAGAUGGCCGCUGGAAAUCAGCGCGGUGGGGUUCAUCCAAACCAGAUGGCCAAGAUGCAAAGCCAAUUUUCUAAAAUGAUGCCGCCAGGUAUGAUGCAGCAAAUGAUGGGUCGUGGUGGUGCAGGUGGCAUGCCAGAUAUGAGUGCAUUGGCGGAGAUGAUGGGUGGAAUGGGUGGUGAAGGAGGCAUGCCAGAUAUGAGUGCACUGGCUAAUAUGAUGGGAGGUAUGGGCGGCAUGGGCGGACUCCAGAACUUGAUGGGAGGGCUCGGGGGUGGUGCUAACGGAGCUCCUAGUAUGGGACGUGGUAAAAAUAUCCGAACUGUCCGACGCAAGUAA